GAGGGAUGGGGUAAAUAGUGACGUCUUUCUUGUAACAUUGAUCAAGGAUCACAAGAGACGAUCGUUAAUGGAACUUCGAUCUUCGGGUAUAACGCUAUUAUUUCUCAGCGUUAAAGAGACCUCUUUGACCUACG